CUUAUCGGGUCAAAGACCCAUGAUAUUUCUUAGGAUGCUUCACUCGUGCUCGUUGUAUGAAACUCGGUACUUUUUCUCAAGUCUCAUAUAUAUAUAUAUAUAUAUAUAUAAAAUAUAUAUACGCGCAAGUGUGUAUAAUAUAUAUACCGUGACAAUAGAAACGCACCUAUACGUGUAAGUGUGUGUAGAUGAUGGAGUCGUUCACGGAGUCUGAUCUGACGUCGUUUUGGUCCUAUCCUUCUCCUUCAUCCUCUGUAUCGGCGUCGAACACCACCCCCGAGACCUCCGAAAGCACAAACCAAUCAACGCCGUCCGUUUCGCGGUUCAAACCAAAGACCCUUCAAGAGCGCCUUCAAGAUCUGGUCGAAGGGGCCACCCCCGAGACCUCCGAAAGCACAAACCAAUCAACGCCGUCCGUUUCGCGGUUCAAACCAAAGACCCUUCAAGAGCGCCUUCAAGAUCUGGUCGAAGGGGCUCGGGAGAAUUGGACCUACGCGAUCUUCUGGCAAUCCUCCGUUCUCGAUUACUCUGCCUCAUCCAUUCUGACUUGGGGCGAUGGGUACUAUGAAGGCGAGGAAAAUCCCAAAACGGCGUCGUCGUUCUCGCUCUCGUCGGCGAGGGAGCAAGAGCACCGGAAAAAGGUACUCCUUGAGCUCAAUUCCCUCAUAAACGGUUCGUCUCCUUCGCCGGACGAAGUCGAAGAUGUAACCGAUGCAGAGUGGUUCUUCCUGGUGUCGAUGACUGAGUCGUUUGCCAAUGGGAGUGGUCUUCCGGGUCGGGCUUUCUUCAAUUGGGCUCCGAUUUGGGUCGCCGGAGCCGAGAGACUCGCCACCUCAUCCUGCGAGCGAGCUCGGCAGGGAUGGGUGUUUGGGAUACAGACCAUGGUGUGUGUACCUUGUGCCAAUGGUGUAUUGGAGUUGGGUUCCACGGACUUGGUGGUUCAGUCCUUGGAUAUGAUUAACAUGGCUAGGGCUUUUGUUUAAUUUCAAUUGAAUAAUAAUAGCUUGUUUUCAUAUCAAAAUUUGGAAUGCAUCACAUUUAGAUUUUAACUUAAAUUUCGGUAAUGCAGACUUUGUAUAAAAUUUGAAGUUUGCUUAAGUUGCGGAUUUUAAUAACACCCUCUCUUUUCACUCUGUAUUAACCCGUAACAUCUCUUAUUAUGGAAAUAAAUAAAUAAAAAUAAGAGUAGGGAUAUUUAUACCAAAAAUUAUAUCAAUUAUAAUUAAAUGAAGAGUUUUAUUUUUUUUUUUAUUGUAUAAUUGAUCAAUUAAAAAAAUAGGGCUAUUAAUUCACUAUA